AUGAAACUAACUCAAUUACAGAUCAUUAUUCUGUCAAGAGUGCUUACAGAUUUCUGGUUGCUAGGUUUCGACAUAGGGAAGUCAAGGAGAGUUCCGGUUGAUUCGAUGUGUCCGUUGUGUCAUGAGGCUCCUGAGACUGUCUUGCAUAUUCUUGUUCAAUGUCCUUUUGCCCGCAGUUGCUGGUUGAGUUCGCUUUUGGGUUGGCCUGCAUUCUCCGCUGCCUCUCUUAGGGAGUGGUUCUCUUUAGCCUUCCUUACUGCUUCUGCGGAGAAUGCUUCCCUUAUUCUAAUGAUAUCAAUGGAGGGGGAUUGUUCUGAUUCUACUAGCUGCACCAAUGUUGUGUCGGCUUUGACUGUCUGGUCUCCUCCACCGCAGGGUUGGAUUAAGGUUAAUAUUGAUGCCUCUUUAAACUCGCAACGAAAUUCAAUAGGCUUCGGCUGUGUAGUCCGAGAUGCUAAUGGUAGAUUUAUGGCGGCUAAAACAGGCUGUUUUUGCAGUCAGAUGGAGGUUAAGUGUGCUGAGGCAAUGGCUUUUCGAGAGGCGUUGAGCUGGAUUAAAGAGUACGGAUGGGAUCAAGUUCUUUUCGAAUCGGAUACUCAGGUUCUUGUUGUGUCCAUUAACAAUGCUUCGUUGGAUGAUUUAUCACCUUUUGGUAUUUUGGUUCAAAAUUGUAAAUUGCUUCUAUCCAGUUAUGAAGAAGCAAGAUAUGGUUUUAUUCACAGAUAA